AUGCCAGAUAUAACCUCUUACCAAUAUAUUCCAAAGUAUGAGGUGGGUCAAUUUGACGAUUCACCGGAGGACAAGGAUUAUGAACAAGGCGAUCAGUCAAAUGUCGGGCAGAAAUUUGAAUUAGAUAUGAAUGAAGAGGAUGAAUUGAACGAUAAUGAAGAAUGGGAUAAUGCUAGUGGAGAUUUUACCAAGCAUUACAAUCGCCUAAGACAACAAUUGCAACCAAAUUUAUCCGGCGUUUCCAUGAUUGCGCAUGUUGGUCAAAGGAAUGCAGCGUCACCGGCCAGAGUGGGUGAAUCGCAAUCGUCGAACGUAUCCACCAGCACUAGGAGAAAAGCAUUAGACGCUAAAUUGCAGGAUCAAAUGAAGACAUUGAGCAAAUAUGCUAAUCGAAUCCAUAUUGAUGACAUACCCACCGAUGGAAUAUCGAAUUCUGUGUCAAAUGACAUCCGGAAGAGUAGCAGGAAGGCACAGGGCGACAAGAAUAAAUAUAGUGAUAAGUCUGAUCGAGCAACCACGGAACAAGUAUUGGAUCCACGGACGAGGAUUAUUCUUUUCAAAAUGAUUAACCGUAAUGUCAUCUACGAAAUAAAUGGAUGUAUUAGCACCGGGAAAGAGGCAAACGUGUACCACGCAAUCACAGAGGACGGGAGUCAUAGAGCCAUAAAGGUUUAUAAAACUUCAAUUCUCAUAUUUAAGGAUCGAGAUCGUUAUGUUACAGGUGAAUUCCGAUUUAGGCAUGGCUAUUGUAAGCAUAAUCCACGUAAGAUGGUAAAACUGUGGGCAGAGAAAGAGAUGAGAAAUUUGAAAAGACUAUGGCAGGCAGGAAUUCCUUGCCCUGAGCCUCUCUUGUUGAGAUUACAUGUGUUGGUGAUGAGUUUUUUGGGGGACAGAAAUGGAUGGAAAGAUUGCACAAACAUUACCGAAUAUUUCAGGAAGAAAGGGGUGAGGGUGAUGAAUGUCAGAGAGCUGUUCGAUUUCAUUACAGACAUUAAUAUUGGCAUGGAAGAUGAUAAGAUUGAGGCGGAAUUGGAUAAGAUUCAGGAACGUUUGGUUUUUCAGUCACUAGCCGAAUCGUUGACGGACGAACAAUUACAAAAGGAACAGGUUGAAGAAGAAGUUUUUAAGCGAUCUUAUAUCCCAAGGACAUUAGAUGAGGUAAUUGAUGCCGAGAAGGAUGUGAUGAGGAUAGCCCAGGGAGAAGGUGAAGGUCUGAUUUAUCGAAAACUCACAGGCUUGGCUGUCGAGGCUAAAAAAGUCGACGGGAUGGAAGCCACACACAUUCCCUCAAUAAUAGCCACCAAUGAAAUCAGCAAAAAGGGAACGGAGAAUGAAAAUAACUCGCAAGAGUCGGAUGAAACUGAAUCAGAGAAUAGUCAGGAUAUGGAGGAUUCCGAUGACGAGGAAGGUGAUUCGUCGUUCAGGAAGCCAUUGCGGGGGAAAAAGAACGAAGAUAAGGACUCAAAAAAGGGUAACUUUAUUUGCAGGCACGGAAGAAAUUGGCUAAAGAAGAGGCAAAGGAAAAGAGAAAACACAAGAUACCUAAAGCUGUGA